CUGUUUGCUGGCUGAAGAUCAUUUGGUCGCUUAUUUUAAUCACCAAAUCAAAAUCAAUCCAGUUGAAGAGAAAGAAUGACGACUGAAAGCCACCAGUACGCAACAGUGAAAAUAAAAGUAGUCAAAGCUUCGAAUUAUGAAGAUUCAUCUGGAAAAGAGAGCCAGCUGUCCGCUCUGGACAUGCUCAUGGCCCCAAUCAGAUUCCAACUAUGCUUCUUCUACAGUUACAAAGUGCAGGAUCAAGCCAUAGAGAGGGCAUUGGUUCAGCUGCUGAAUAGAUAUCCAGAGUUUUCUGGAAGGAUCCAAUUGUCAGAAUCAGUUGUCAAAUUGACCAAUGAAGGUGCUCAGAUUGUCUACUUGGAGUCGGCUCAUGUCUCUAUUUCUGACCUUGAGGCUUCUAAUUUCAACUACGACUUGUGUGCAAAACACUUUAAUGACGACCAGCCAAUGGACGAAUAUCUGCUCAAAAUCAUUGUGCAACCAUUGUCGGGUGGGGACGGGAUGAUGUUGUCAUUUGGAAUUCAUCACUGUUUGUGUGAUAUUAAUUCAGCAUAUUUGAUUAUUGCUGAUUUCUGCGCUCAAGUCAGAGAAAGCAAAUUCAAGUUUUCGGAGCAAGAGAUAUUUCGAGGGAGUCGCCUAAAACACAUCCGUCCUUCUGGCAACGAACCAAUUUUUGACCACCCUGAAAUCAGAGUGAUAAAAUCUAUGGAAGAGUUGAAAGAACUAGGAGAGGCUAUGAGAGAUGACCUCCUAAAUGAGCCGCCACUUAUUCUGAACUUUGAAGUCGACUAUGACAGCUUGAAAAGAAUAAAACGAGAUGUCUAUGCUGGAGGCUUAGAGGAUGGUUUCAAAGGUAGCAUUAAAGUUUCACCUUCGACAAAUGAUUGCUUGGUUAGUUUGAUUUACAAAGCGUUCGCAGAAACUGCAAUAGAGGACAAAGAAAAAAAUUCAGAAAAUGUUUUCCCGUUCCAACUAUCAGUUAAUUCUCGCUUUAGACGAGAUCCACCAGUGCGUCGCGAAGUUCUCGGAAACUUCAUCCUCCUAGCGGUCAUCGACCUUUCAAAAGAAGAAGCGACUAAGUUGACCUCGUUUGAAAUUGCUUGCCUAAUGAGAAGUGAACUUCUGAAAAUGGACGAACAAUACAUACAGUCAAGUAUUGAUAAAAUAGCCAGAAAUGAGUUUACUCAGUUUACAAGUUUUUAUCAUCCAACUACAAUGCGAUUUACCAACUGGAAUAGAUAUUUCGAUUGGUAUCCGGAUACUGAUUUGGGCCAAGGUAGACCGGAAAAGUUUACAACUUGUUCACGCAUGUUUGAGAAAUACUGCAUAGUAAAACCAGCUAGAAAGGAAGGGGAUUUGGAUUUGACAAUUUCAUUGAAAACGAGACACAUGCAACAGUUUCUGAAACACGAUAUUGUUAAAGCGUACCUAAAGCUUCUAUAAUUUGUCCCAAAAAAUGAUAAUUUACUAAGG